UUUUGUUUACUUAUUAUUUGAUUUUAUAAGUUCCAUUGAUAAUACGAAACACAAAAGUCAUCAGUAUUUUCUACUUUAAGGAUAAAGUUUUGCUUGGAAGUGAUUAUCCUUUUCCUUUGGGGGAGCAUUAUCCUGGGAAGUUGAUCCACUCAACAUAUAGAGAUCAGAAAGAGAUUAAGGAAAAGCUAUUGUUUAAAAACGCUUUUGAAUUUCUUGGCCUUGAUGAAUCUAAUUAUUGAAAAUAAAUGAAUACAUGUGAUGGCAUAGCCAGAGAUAAUGGCUUAUAAAAACUUGGUGUUUUAUUCUGGAUUGAUGUAUGAUGCCUUUGUCAUUUGUGAAAGGCCAUGGCAAGUUGGUCUGCACUCUGCAGACGACCAUUUCUAUCGUUGCUUUUACAAAUCCUCUCAAGAUUGCUGUUUGUGUCCAUUUUCAAUUUUAGUUCACUCCGUUGCUGUGUUUUCUUUACUCAAAAAAUCAACGUAAUAUUUAGUUUGGAAAAAUCAAUCUGUAAAAUAGACGAAUAAUUAUUCGAAUAUAUUUUUUACACCAAAAAGUCAACCCUAGUGUAUCUUAGCCUUGUCAUAAAACAUCCGUAUUGCUGCUACAACACCAAGGCAGAGAAUAGUGUCAACGGUUAACACCCAACAAAGAUGGGAGGAGAAAAUCAACCUUCGUCAUUGUUUCUCAUAUCAAAUUAAUGAAGAGAUUGAUAAAAAGAGGAACACAAUUGAUAGAGACAAGUUCGAGACUAAGUAGCAAGAUGAAAAAGAUUAUAGUGGCUUUUCUGAUAAUCUUUGGUGUCGCGUCUGUGUUUGCUUCACCAUCUCAACGUGAAAGAGCAGAAUGUCAUGGGCAAAAUGGAGUUUCAAAAUCAUGUUUGUCACCGACUACAUCGUGGAACAUUGCACAAUCUAGCACCUCUGCCUCUAUAAACGUUUCAAAAUCACGUUUGUCACCGACUACAUCGUGGAACACUGCACAAUCUAGCACCUCUGGCUCUAUAAACGUUUCAAAAUCACGUUUGUCACCGACUACAUCGUGGAACACUGCACAAUCUAGCACCUCUGGCUCUAUAAACGUUUCAAAAUCACGUUUGUCACCGACUACAUCGUGGAACAUUGCACAAUCUAGCACCUCUGCCUCUAUAAACGUUUCAAAAUCACGUUCGUCACCGACUGCCUCGUGGAACAUUGCACAAUCUAGCAGCUCUGCCUCCAUAACGGUACCUGUGCAUUUACAAAUUUUUGGAACUCCAUCCAAUUUUGUUCUUGUAGUUUCAAAAUCACGUUUGUCACCGACUGCCUCGUGGAACAUUGCACAGUCUAGCAGCUCUGCCUCCAUAAACGGUCAAAAGAAGAUUUGUGGUCACGUGGGAUGCACAUGUUAUUAUAUAAACGACCCCUGUCCUCCGUAUCUAUGCAGUUGUUCAAAGGAAUUUUACUGUCCAUUGAAAACCAAUAAACCUUGCUGUUUGAAAUGAACACCUAUAAACAUUAUGACAAUCGUAGACGACUUAUGAUCAUUUUAGUUUGUAGAAGAAAAAUAAAUUGCUGCUGUCUGCAA